ACAAUCAGGAAGUGGCGUUGUAGAAGGCGUGUACGUAGCGCGCGUGGCUAUCAUCGAUGUCUCAGCGUUGAUUUGAGGCAGCAAGAAUAUAGAAUAUCUACAAGAAAAAAAAUAUGAAGACUAAAAACACUGAAGGCUUCAUAUCCUGUGAGUGUGAAGUGGAUGAAAAAGCACCUGAAGGUGAGAAAGCAGGUGAACUGCAGGACCAUGAAGUCGUACCUGAUCCAGGUGUAACAGGCCUGAUUACGCAAAUGGAAACGUCUGUGUCUGGGACCGUGGAGAAAGACUCUCUGGGCCAUGAGGUUGUUUCUGAGAUACGUACAGCAGAGAUCACUCCAAACCCGAAUGAGGCGAUGGAGACGUGCAUGUCUGAACAGGACAGAGAUCAGCACCCUGAAACUUCUGUUGGGACUGUAGAGGAAGAUUGUACGGGCCAUGAAGUCGUGCCUGCAUCGGGAACAGCCGAGAUCACCCCGAAGCCGAACAAGGAGAUGGAGACGAGCGUGUGUGAACCGAACGGAGAUCAACACUCUGACGCUGAGAAGAGGACUGUAGAGAAAGACACAGUGAGCCCUCUCCUUGGAGGAGGAGGAUCACUGGCUCUGCUGAGCACGCUGUACCUAGAUGAGAGCGCAGACGAGCUCUCAGAGAGUGAGUCGGACUCCUCUUCAUCAACAUCUUCAUCAUCAUCUUCCUCAUCCGACCCCAUUGUCAUGGUGACGAAUCAACUUGAGCAGGAUGAAGAGGAAGACGGUGUUGCUCCUGGGAAAAAAGCAGCACCAGUGAGAACUCAAGAUGAGCUGCUUAUCGAGGACCUUCCUGCAGUAGAGAAUCUGACCAUCAGCCUUCCUGACGGCACCGACAUGGAGCCGGUUGGAAUCAUCUCAAGCAUCGUGGAUCAACUCGUUAUCAUCGAGUCUAAAAAGGACACUCCGACCCUGAAUGACGACAGCGUCUUAUUCAACAAGGACAGGAUGUCUAUCGGCAGGGUGUUUGAAGUCUUUGGUCCUGUGUGCCAGCCGUACUACAUCCUGAGAUUCAACUCUCAGGAGGACAUAGAACAGAGGGACCUCAAAAUAAAGGAGCCAGUUUACUUUGCCCCCAAAAUCAAAGACUUCACUGAGUACAUCUUCGUAGAGCAGAUCAAGCAAACUAAAGGAUCCGAUGCUUCAUGGAAAAACGACCAGGAGCCACCGCUAGAGGCCCUGGAUUUCAGUGAUGAUGAGCAGGAGAAGAUGGCCAAGCAGAAACUGAAGGCACAGAGGAGACCACAGCAGCAGAGACAAGAAGAGUCUGACUCGGCAGACAGUGAGUCCUCGGCCACUAGACCUCCACCUCCCCCAAGGAGAAAACCCCGGCAGAACAGGAACCCGUCGCGCGGCCGGCCCACGCAUCACGAGCCUCAUGGUGGCUUCCACGCUAACUAUCACGCCAAUCCUCACUUUCAACAAGACUUCAUGCACCGACCUCCUGACCCGUACAGGCCCCACUUCCGAGGUCAUGGGUACCCUCCCUACCCCCAAGCCCCACCCCCUCACAUGGGCAUAGACCCCUGGCACCCAUACCCUUACCCAGGACCCAUGUUCUACCCUCCUCCACCACCACCUCCAUCAAACUAACCGAACAGAACUGUACUACCUCAGAGCUGGAGUGACUGAGAGCUGAUGCGGAAAUGAAGAGAUUUUUACUGGAACGUUAUUAAAGUGUCCAUGGUGGAUGUGGAUGUGUAUAGAAGAAAUUAAUGGAACAUUUGUGAUGUUUUUGUUUAGUUUUUUUCAGUGCAGAAACAACGGUUACAGUUUACCAGUUGUCUUUUCCUUGUUGCUAUGAAUGUAAUCGAAUGCGACUAUAUUAUUGGGAAUGAACAGAUGACUUUGUUAUAAAUGGAUACAGAACAGGAGGCAUGCUGUUCUUUUUCCCCUCACAAGACCUCUGGUUCAGACUAGAGGUGUGUAUCGGGACUGGGGACCCACCGGAUGAAGCCAAAAAAAAAAAAGGAUGAGAAAUAGGGUUAGGACACGCCCACAUUGGGGUUAAAUCUGGAUACAGACUUUCAGAGCACUAAACGGAUUACUUCUUUUGUACCUUUUAGUAUAUAUCUUUGACUUGGAAAUAUCAAUAUAGUGUACCUUUUAAAAAUUAUUGAAGAGGCAUAAUAGGACCUUACAAGGACCAUUGAUGUAUCUUUUAAAUCUUUACUCUAAAAGUUAAUUAAAGGCGAAAAAAACCCCCAAACUAUUAAUGAAAAAAAGAUGCACACUUGAUGAAAAGUAACAGUACAUCAGACAAUCUCUGCAUUGGAAAAUUUGCAACUUAUUUUUUAAAAAUAAAAUAAUAAGGCCUCAUUACAA